UGCGCGGAUAAGCCCGGGAGGCCACGGGGGUCCGGGACGGCCGCGCGGGCCAUGGCGCAGGAGCGAGGCCCGUCCGUGCUGUUCCUGCACCCGGACCUCGGCGUGGGUGGCGCCGAGCGGCUGGUGCUGGACGCGGCGCUGGCGCUGCAGGCGCGCGGCUGCAGCGUGCGGAUCUGGACGGCGCACUACGACCCGGGCCACUGCUUCUCCGAGAGCCGCGCCGUGCCGGUGCGCUGCGCCGGGGACUGGCUGCCGCGGAGCCUGGGCUGGGGGCGUCGUGGCGCCGCGCUCUGCGCCUACGUGCGCAUGAUCUACCUGGCCCUCUACGUGCUCUUCCUCGGCGACGAGGAGUUCGACGUGGUGGUGUGUGACCAGGUGUCUGCUUGUAUCCCUGUGUUCAAGCUGGCCAGGCGGCGCAAGAAGAUCCUGUUUUAUUGUCACUUCCCCGAUCUGCUGCUCACAAGGAGAGAUUCCUUCCUGAAGCGAUUGUACAGGGCCCCCCUCGACUGGCUAGAGGAGCACACCACGGGCAUGGCUGACUGCAUCCUGGUCAACAGCCGGUUCACAGCUGCCAUUUUUAAGGAGACAUUCAAGUCCCUGUCUCACAGAGACCCCGAUGUUCUCUACCCAUCCCUAAACGUCACCAGCUUCGACUCAGCCAUUCCUGAGAAACUGGAUGACCUUGUCCCCCAGGGAAGGAAAUUCCUGUUCCUCUCUAUCAACAGGUACGAACGAAAGAAGAACCUGGCAUUGGCGCUGGAAGCUCUGGUCACGCUGCGUGGGAGACUGUCAGCCCAAGACUGGGACCAGGUUCACCUGAUCAUGGCAGGUGGUUAUGACGAGAGAGUCCAGGAGAACGUGGAACACUAUCAGGAGCUGAAGGCCAUGGUCCAGCAGGCCGAGUUGGGCCCGCACGUGACCUUCCUGCGUUCUUUCUCGGACCAACAGAAAAUCUCUCUCCUGCACGGCUGCACAUGUGUGCUCUACACCCCCAGCAACGAGCACUUUGGCAUCGUCCCGCUGGAGGCCAUGUACAUGCGCUGCCCAGUCAUCGCUGUCAAUUCUGGGGGGCCCCUGGAGUCCAUUGUGCACAGCGUGACGGGGUUCCUGUGUGAGCCUGACCCCAUGCACUUCUCAGAAGCCAUCGAGAAGUUCAUCCAGGAACCUUCAUUGAAAGUCACAAUGGGACUGGCUGGCAGGGCCAGGGUGAAGGAAAAGUUCUCCUCAGAAGCCUUCACCGAACAGCUCUAUCAGUAUGUCACCAAGCUACUGGUCUAGAUUGUUCUAAGGUCUUGGUGCUAUAUUCAUUGAUGCCAUUUUCAUUCCUGUUAGCUACAGUUUUGAAACCAUUAAAGAAACCCAGAACCUAGCCUGUAUAAAUGUAGCACUGGCUGGGGGCUGGAGUGAUAGGAUGUUGGGUGGGGCACUUGCCUUGCACAUGGCCCACCUGGAAUCAGUUCCCAGCACCCUGUCUGGUUCCCCAACUUUUCACCAGCAGUGAUCGCUGAGCUCCAAGCCAGGAGUAGGCCCUGAGCACUGCUGGGAGAGGCCAAAAAACCCAAAAAUAAAUAGAAUGCAGAGAGAGAGCUCAACAGACUGAGCACUGGCAGGAGGUCAGGGGUCCAUUCCCAGUGCCACAUGGUCUCCCUGGAGCAACCCCCAGGCGCUGAGCUGGAUUAGCCCCUGAGUAUCAUUGUGAAUGACCCCUAAACCAAAAUAUAAAUAAAUACUUGAAUACUUGAAUCUUAAAUCUGAGCCUUCUUCUAUUACAUCAGACCUUGUCUACUUUGUCUGAAAAAGUCCUAGGCCAUCAGCAUUCUAAUCCUUAGCAAUGGUGAUUAGUAUGGCACAACUCAUGUAGGAUGUUUUCAUUUUAUUUUCAGUAGAUUAUUGGUGUUCUCCCUAUCAGUUUGGACCCAUGCUGUGCUUUCAUUGGUUUUUAGUGAAUCAUCAUUAAAGUCGAUUAAUUUGGCUUGAUAGCAUAAGGAGAAUAUAGUGAAAUUCUAGUGCCCAGAACCAAUCCACCUAAGUUCCUGCUGUUUUCCAUUAGGAAAGCUUUUGUUGUCCUUCCUUUACCUAGAUUCCCUUUUCUUGGAUUCGUUUAGCAAGAAUGCUCUCUCUCUAUAUUUUUUUAAAUUUUUUUUUUAACAAAGACAGUGUAUUUUUACACAGAGACCCACCCAUAAAAAAUAUUUGUCUUAAGAAAAGAGAUUUGCUCGAGCGGGCCCAGUAACGUCUCCAUUGGAGACUUUGAUGUUACUGUGUCUGGCAUAUCCAAUACUCUCGGUAGCUUGCCAGGCUCUCCGAGAGGGGCGGAGGAAUCGAACUCGGGUCGGCCAUGUUGGCUGCGUGCAAGGCAGACGCCCUACCCGCUGUGCUAUCACUCCAGAAUAAAGUGCUUGAUUUGGGGCCUUCACAAUCUCUUUGAUUACUCAGGAAGAGAGACAGGACCACCAUAUCUAUGUCAGAAACCAAUGUCAACUGGAUGUCGGCAUGAAAGGUGGGGGCUGAGGGUGGGAUUCUUAUGUGUGCAAAGGGUGUUUUGUUGAUUGUCAGCCUGGCAAAUAUUUGGGCCCUAUGAAGGAAGCCCCGACUUCGUGAAGAGAAAUGCUUUGCAUUGUGGCAGCCCCUCCUGAGGCUUUCCUGAAUCGACACCCACCUUCCCAGCAGGAAGUAUCAGUCCCCCUCCGAAAACUAAACCUCCCCCAGCACUGGCCAAUUUCAGAGCUCAGUCUUUGCCCUCUGGACUAAGCACAAAUCAAAUAUAAAACACUUUACAACAUUUCAUUAAAAGUAAAUUCAUAUUUUUAGUCACCCAAACACUACCAGAAAUUACCCCAAAAUACAGAGCCAGGAGUAAGCCUAGAGCACAGCUAUUUUUGCCCCCAAAAUAAAAGAACUGGCAAAGAUUCUUCACCCACUCUCAGAACACAGGUCUGAGCCUAACAGACUGAAGCCUUGGGCCACUCACUCCAUAUUCCCGGCACAGCAGCUAUUCAACGCUGACGUGAGGUAUGAAUAUUCUGCCUUUCCCAUGGAGGAAUCAUGAGGGAUCACCUCGAUACAAUAAAAUACUUGAAACCCUACUUGGCACGUUGGGCUAUAAAACAGAGUUGUUUGCUAUUUGAAGAUAAAAAAUGACAAGUUCCACAUGGAUUGGUGUUCUCUACUGUCUCCUUUUGGGGUUCUUUAAAGGGUAAAAUGUCACAUUAUAAUUGGCCGCUUUGGCCUGUCACGAGAGUAUUUUAACAAACUAG